GGUGAGGCUUCUUCCGGGCACCGCGGAUCCCGGUGGCUUUGCGAGGCCGCGGCCACACACUAGGCCGUGGAGGGGCCGCCGCGCGCUGCACCGGGACGCCUGGGUCCUUAAGUAGGCCCGCGCGUCGCCCCCGCGACUGGAAUCACGGAGGACAUCCCCGGCCUGACCUUGGGGAGGCCGCGAUUCGGCUGCGCGCUCGGGGAUUGGUCGGGCCACCUCAUAGGACGAAUAAUCCCCUAAAUCUAGAGACAAACGUUGCUGGCUGGAGUUUGCUGGACAGCCCCUCCCCCAGCAAGGACACUUCCUAUUCCUUGAGCUCCUCUAGGGCAGCAGUUCAAGACUCCCCACAUCCAGGAAUACUUAGGACCCAGGGCCACAUCUCUUCUUGAAUGGAGAACAGCCUCCCCAGUUUCUGGGGCACCUUGGGGCGUGGCUUGGUGAGUGAAACUUGGGGUGCUGCCUGCUGGGAAGGAACUCAGAAACACAGAGAGGACACUUUGGGGGGGUGACCCAGACCUUGUUAGAUCCUGAGACUUUUGUGUUGUGUGUGUGUGUGUGUGUGUGUGUAGGGGGUGAAUGAACCUGGAUGUGCCUUUCUUCUUUACCCCCAAACUAAAAAAACUGGCUACCGCCCCCUGCCACAUUUGAGGCUACAUGACCACCCGGGAAAGUGGGGAGCCACUUCUGAAUUCAGAAUAGGAUGGCUUCACCAAGCAGACAUCUGUUAUUCUGACCCAAUCUGAGAGUCUGAGCAGUGCCAGGAAGGGGGCCCAGAGUUUUGGGCCUCAGUAAGCACCACAGCCAUGUUUCUCCGACGACUGGGUGGCUGGUUACCUCACUCCUGGGGCCGCCCGAAACCGACGAAGCCCGACCUGUCUGCCCCAGAACUCAGACGGAUGGACAGCUCCCCAGAGAAUUCAGGGAGUGACUGGGACAGUGCCCCCGAAACCGUGGGAGAUGCGAGGCCUCCCAAGGCCAAGGACUCAGAGACACGAAAGAGUCCUGGGACUGCUCCAGAAUCAAGCAGGGGCCCCCCAGUUGCUCACCUGGGGAGCAGAAGAACGGAAUCUCUCAAGUUGGACAAGGCUGUCACUGGCACUGAAGAGUCUGGGAGACUGGAGGCUGGAGGGACCAUUGCCAAACUGGGACAGGAUCCUGUAGACUCAGGCAGUGCCAGGAGAUCCGGGGUGCUCCCCGAAGGGGGACUGAGCCCCCCUGGGUCUGAAGCCCCAGUGGAGAAGCCAGGUCGGCGGCAGAAGCUACUGGGCUGGCUGCGGGGGGAGUCAGGUGGUGGUGCAGGGACUCCUGCACCAUACAUGGGGGACCCAGAGGAGUGUCUGCAGAUCUCCACCAACCUGACCUUGCACCUGUUGGAGCUGCUGGCCUCAGCCCUGCUGGGGCUGUGCUCGAGGCCGCUGCGGGCAGCCUUGGAUGCGUUGGGCCUGCGCGGGCCACUGGGUCUCUGGCUUCACGGGCUGCUGUCCUUCCUGGCUGCCCUGCAUGGGCUGCAUGCCGUGCUAAGCCUCCUUACCGCCCAUCCCCUGCACUUUGCCUGCCUCUUUGGCCUCCUGCAGGCCCUGGUGCUGGCUGUCAGUCUCCGGAAGCCCAGCGGGGAUGAGGAGGCCACUGACUGGGAGAGUGAGAGGUUGGGGAAGGAGGGCGAGGAGCAGAGGGGAGACCUGGGAAAGGGGCUGUGACUGUGGGGUGGGGCGUGACCCAGGACCCUACCCUCAGUGGGAUGGGGGCAAGUGGUGAAGACAGUGUGGACUUCAGGAGGAGAGUG